ACCCAAGAAAGAAUCCUCGUGGCUCUGCAGUUCACUUCAUCUCGGAACUAGUCAAUUUGUCGAAGAGGACAAUGCAACAAUGCCCUAACAAAAUCCUUUGAUCAGCUUCAUUUCAGUCUCUGAUCAUCACUCCUUUCGGUUUUUCAAUCCACUGAGCACAAGCAAGUAGAUUCAAGCGGUUGCGGAGACAAAGGGGCCACUGGCAGCGGUGGAGGAAAGAUUUUCAAGUCAAAGAUGUGAUAGGCGCGAGGUUUUCUGAUUUAGGGUCAAGAUGAUGUUAUAGUCCCUUGUUUUGGUUACUGAAGAACAUAUUCAAGCUUUUAGGCAUUUUCAACGCUGAACGGCGGAGCUGCCUUCAGAGACUUCCAUUGGGCUGAUUUUCCUUUCUGCAAAUUGAGCUUCCAGCCCCAGAAGAUGUGCAAUAUAUACUUUCUAAUUAAUAGAGGAAUUAGUUAUCAGAAAUCAUGAAAAGGAGACUAUCCUUUGGUCUUUAGCAAGAGAGGAAUUGAUUUUGUUUAGUUUGACAUGUAUAUGGUGAUUGCAAGAAGAAUUGAUGAGUGAAAGUGUUAGUUGGACUUCUGUCGAAUAAACUCGAUUUCAUUGUGGAUGGGAACUUUGUAAAUGGGCUGAAAAUGGAGUUACUAACGUUGAUAUGGGUGCUCAAAUCAUUGUGCCAGUCAGUGGUAUAUUGGACUGCAGGGAUGGAAAGCGCAAUGUCGUAUUAGUUGGACAAGUGUUGAAUUAACUUGAUUUCAUUGUGGAGGGCAGGUAGAUAAAUGUGUUGAAAAUGGGGUUACAAGGAUUGCGUGGGUUCUUAAAUCAUUGGGCUACUUGAAUAAAAUGGGGCAACUCCAUUAGUGACCUUAAUAUGACGCUGGGAAUUGGAAUAGAGGGGAGCGUAUGAUUCUAUAGCAUAUUGGAGUGUGGGGGUGGGAACUCUUUUGGGGCAAGGGCAACUUUGCCUGAACGCUCCCUUCUCAGUCGCAUGUUGCCUUUUGCAUUUGAAAGAGUAAAAUUUCAAAGACUUAUAAUUUGUGGAGGCCAUUAUAAGUUCUCGGUCAUUCUAUUUGGCCUUUCCAAAGUACUUUCAACCUUAAUCCUACUGAUCAAUAUAAAAAAAUGCAGUUUUUGGAUAGAAAAUGAUCAAGUAUGUGAUGAGCAUAAAGUGUGGGUUGAGGGAAUGCAAAAUGCUUUGAAGUCCAAAUACUACUAGAUGCAAUUUGUGAUAUGUCAUGCGCCGGAUAAAGUUUAAUACUUGACAUUAUAUAUUCAUAAUAAAGGAAAUUACAUUAGCUAUAACUGCAAUUUGAUCUGCUAAUGAAUUGAUGCUUGAUGGCACCAUUAGACUAUUGGAGAAAUUGUGUUCAACUUCAAGAUCUCAUGGAUUAAUGCAAAGUGAUCAUUGUGUGCACAUGGCGUUAUUGUACAAGAGUCUGAGUAGGAAAGUUUUGCUUACAUCUGCAGCUAUGAAAAGAAGAAUUACAACAGAUGCCUGUCAGAUUUUAAUGUCUCCAUCUCUCACAUCCAUUGAUUUUCCUGAUAUUUGGACUAGUUCCAGCUGUUCUGAUUAUUCUUCCAUCACAAAAUCGUAUGAUGACCAACAGACUGCAACAGUAAUUGAUGGUAGGGUGAUUGCUGAGGAAAUUACAUCAGGAAUAACUAGUGAGGUGAGGAGGAUGAAGAACGCUACUGGAAAUAUUCCUGGCUUGGCUGUAAUCAUGGUCGGCCAAAGAAGGGACUCGCAGACUUAUGUUCGUAACAAAAUAGCUGCAUGUGAAGAAGCUGGAAUCAAGUCAGAGAUUUCUAAUUUGCCUGAAGAUUGUACAGAAGAUCAAGUUCUUAAUGCUUUGUCACGUUUUCAUGAAGAUCCAUCUAUUCAUGGUAUACUUGUGCAGCUUCCUCUACCGCAACAUUUGGAUGAGAGUAAAAUCCUCAACUCUGUACACCUAGAAAAAGAUGUUGACGGCUUUCAUCCGCUUAAUAUGGGGAAUCUUGCAAUGAGGGGUAGAGAACCACUUUUCUUACCCUGCACUCCCAAAGGCUGCAUCGAAUUGUUGAUCAGAUCCGGUGUAGAAAUCACGGGAAAGAGGGCCGUGGUGAUUGGAAGAAGUAAUAUUGUUGGAUUACCCACGUCUUUGUUGUUGCAGAGGCACCAUGCUACUGUAAGUAUAGUGCAUGCAUUUACUAGGAAUCCUGAACAAAUAGCUCGAGAAGCUGACAUAGUGGUGGCUGCUGCUGGAGUUCCUAAUUUGGUUCGUGGUAGUUGGCUAAAACCUGGUGCCAUAGUUAUUGACGUGGGGACUAAUCCAGUUGAGGACCCUAGCUGUGAGUUCGGGUAUCGACUAAUUGGAGAUGUUUGCUAUGAAGAGGCAUCUAGGGUUGCAUCUGCUAUUACACCAGUUCCUGGCGGAGUUGGACCGGUGACGGUUGCUAUGCUUUUACUCAACACUCUGGAAUCAGCCAAACGAGCACAUAACUUUGCCUAACAUGCUGUUACUUUGACAUGGUGCACUGUUCCUCUAGUUUUGGCUUCAACGACACAAUCAUCUGUUUGUGGUGUUCAUGUUUUAAAAGCAUUUUAUCGUAGGAUAAGACGACCUACCUUGUUUCCACUUUCGGGAUAUUCAACUGACCCAAUCAACCUGAAUUUGAGAAGUUUAACAUGAGUAUGGAACGGUGUAUUGCGUUUUAA